AUGGUGAUGCCUGGAACCUUUUCCCCAGAGGAGGCUGAAGCUUCCCCAGAGUCUUUCCCAGACGCUUCUCCUGAAGAGUCGACCCCAGAGGAGUCUGCCCCUUCCCAGUUCAGAGGGCACCUUCUCCUCGCCGUUCUCGUAAGCUUAGAGCUACCGACGAAGGAAGACACCUUCUCCUCCAAUUGUUAUUACUGCUCCGGCACCAAAGCCACAAGCAUCAAGCAAUUGAGGAAGCCCAAGCAGCAGACGGAGGGCAGGUACAAGGAGCCCUUCUACGAUGUCAGCAAGCAGAUCACGCAAGCUAACAUCUUUGCCUUCCUUGGCGAAUAG